UUUUCUGUUGACCCCGCCGGACUCCAUUUCUCUUCGAUUGUGCUUUCUUCCGAAACAUUAGAAAAGAAAAGCAAAAUAAAAAACAGAAUCGCUACAAAUCACAAUUCGUCUUAAAUUCAUCUCAAGACCAUGCAAAUCACAAACUCUCGUCUCUUCUCCUUCACAAUCUCUCUCCUUCUCUUCACCAAUCCCACAUCUUCCGAUCCCCAAACCAAUCUCGUAACGGCGGCUUGCGUCUCGAACAAUGCAAUCGACCCAUUCAUCUUCUCUUCCAACCUCAAUUCCGUCUUCGCCGAGCUCCGGUCCCUACUCAAUUCCAGUCACUUUGCCAUGGCCCAGCGUAUCCACACCAUCGAAAUGGUCUACGCUAUCGCCCAGUGCCGGCACUACCUCUCUACCUCUGACUGCCUCUCCUGCUUCUCCACAGCCACCUCCGAGCUCCAAACCCGCUGUUUGAACAACAUCGGGGCCCACGCCGUCUAUGAUGGCUGCUUCCUCCGUUACGAGAACGUGGGAUUCUUCGACCAGUACACACAGCAGUAUACACAGCCCUGGAGAAUCGGGCUCUGUGGGAAUCGUACGGAGGAUGGCGGUGGUUUCACGGAGACAGCCAGAGAGGUGUUGAGCGAUCUAUGCAUGGUGACACCGAGGAUAGACGGGUUUUCUGCCGCGGUGAGGAGGGAGACGGUGGGGGGCAGAGAUGUGUAUGGUGUGGCCCAGUGCUUGGUGACAGUGGGUCAGAACGGUUGUGAUCAAUGCCUAAAGGGGGCAUAUGGGAAUAUAGAGAAAUGUCCACCAAGUGCGGAUGGGAGGGCUGUGGACGGUGGGUGUUUUCUGAGGUAUUCAGACACAGCAUUCUUUAACGAUGAUCAGAUGACAAAUCUUGCACCUUUCCUGAAAAGAGGAGCCUCCAGCACUAAAAAAGCCGAAAUUGGAGGCAGCGUUGGAGCAGCUGCCUUUAUCCUGCUAAUCAUUAUCCUGUUCGCAAUGCUUCGACGUUGUAAAAGGACUGAUAACACUCAAAAUAGAAUAAUACUAGGGGCAACUGAACUGGGUGCUGCAGUGAAUUUCCAUUACAGAGAUCUCAAAUCUGCGACUAAAAAUUUCAGUGAAGGAAAUAAACUGGGACAAGGAGGGUUUGGAGAUGUAUACAAGGGUGUUAUGAAGAAUGGGAAAACAGUAGCUGUCAAGAAACUAAUGAUACAUGAAUCUGGCAGAGCAGAGGCAGAUUUUGAGAGCGAAGUGAAGCUUAUAAGCAAUCUUCAUCACCGGAAUCUCGUUCGUUUGCUCGGAUGUUGCAGUAACGGCCCUGAACUGCUGCUUGUUUAUGAAUACAUGGCAAAUAGUAGCCUUGACAAAUUCCUAUUUGGAGAUAGGCGUGGAACCCUGAACUGGAAACAGCGAUUCGAUAUAAUUAUUGGCAUGGCUCGUGGCCUUGCAUAUAUGCAUGAGGAAUUCCAUGUUUGUAUUAUACACCGAGACAUAAAAUCCAGCAAUAUACUUCUUGAUGAUGAUUUCCAGCCUAGAAUUGCUGAUUUUGGGCUGGCAAGGCUUCUGCCGAACAACUGGAGCCAUCUUAGCACCAGAGUUGCUGGAACCCUGGGGUAUACAGCACCUGAAUAUGCAAUCCAUGGGCAGUUAUCCAAGAAGGCCGACACAUACAGCUUUGGGGUGGUGGUGCUGGAAAUUGUAAGCGGUCGAAGGAGUACUGACAUAAAGAUCGAACCUGUCACUCAGUAUCUUCUCGAAUGGGCAUGGAGGCUGUAUGAGGAGGAUUCAUUGAUGGAGUUGAUGGACAAGAGCUUAGAUCUGAACGAAUGCAGAACAGAUGAAGUGAAGAAAGUUAUAGAGAUAGGUCUCAUGUGCACUCAGGCACCUGCUUCAAGGCCAACCAUGUCACAGGUCGUGGUUUUGCUGCUUAGCCAAGGCAAUCCAGGUCUUAACGUGAUCAGACCUGCCUUCAUAGGUGCCCCCGAUAGAAUUCAUAAUAGGGCCCUUAAAGACACGUCCACCUCUACCAGGUCGUCCAUGUCCAAUGCCACCAUGUCAAUCACCCAAGUCUCAGGCCGUUGAGGUGUCAUCCUUCCACUAUGUAAAAAAUCAGACAAAUGAAAUAAAGGUUUUUCGAUCAAAGACCACUAGUACCAUUGAUUUGGCUAAAGCCCAUUCACUUUCUAUUCCACGCCUUGUGAAUUUUUAUUUACUUGUUUUAUUUGGAAGGAAUUAGUAAGCUUGUUGGCUUGGGUCAAUGAGACUUGGGCUUCAGAACUCCAGGAAUCUUUGUCAGCUGUUUGAAUGAUGUAUAGGUUUCGAAGGGCAGAACGAAAAUUUGAAAAACCAAUUUUUUCCUUCCUUACUGGUCUUUUUAAGAGGAGGAAAGAAAAUAAAGAAUAUGAAAAUCGUAGUGAUUAUUUUUAUUGGUAUUAUCUAGAAAUGGAUUUCAUUUA